CCUUCUCCGGUUGUGUCCCCCUCACAAACUCCCAAUUGUCUCGCCCCAUGCCUGCGCUUCCCCCCUCUUUGGGAUUCUGUUUGUCGCGGCCGCUGCUUCGCUACAAGCAUUGGAACCUCUCUGCAGGUGGGUUCUGAAUAAGUGGUCGGGAGUCUUCGGAAAAAGCGACCUUGGUACGGAGGGUUUGAGGGGUCGCGGGGAGGGCGAGUCUGCACGAAGCUGGGCGUGCAAGAAAUUUGUCGAGACCAAAUUGUGUCUUUCGUCCAGGCGAGGAGAAUUUGGUGGAGCAAAUGGUUCUGAACAGCGCGUUGUGAAGUGGAAAAAGGGAGAGUAGAAAUGCGACCUUCUUCGGGAACUUUUGGAGUGAGUGUAACUCUUGUAGAGUGGCGGUAAAAGGAGCGUGGACUCGUGCGGAUGUGGUUGCAGGCAGACUUUGCAGUUUGGGGGGAGGUGUAGGGGAAUUUAGGGUUUUCAAUGGUCUGAGGAGACGACCAGAGUGUUAUUUGUUGGAUAUCUUUGCCCAAGAAGGAGGUUUGGAGGUUGAGCAUGUGGGCGGUUGGAACAGGAGGGUCCCAAUAUUGCUAGGUUUGGAGGAAGGGAGAGAAGCGGGAGCAGAAGAAUUGGGCAGCGGUGAUUAAGGGAGCAGCAAUUCUUGUGAGGGAGGGUGUGAGGGAAAUUGGUCAAACUGGCAUACCAGGCACGGCCGACGGUGCUGAUGGGGGAGAACUUGGGCGCGAUGCCAAUGUCUAUGUCUCUUCAGGGGGCCCACGACAUGAGCCACACUGAUUUAGGAUCCCUCACUCCGGUUCGCGGCCGAGGUCUUAAAAAGGAGGAUCGCAUUGCCCAGUGGGGAUACCACGAAACCAAAGAGUUCAUCGCCAUUCGGGCCGAGCUGGAGAAGGACUUUACACUAACCAAGCGGAACAAGACACUGUGGGAGCUGAUUGAAAGGAAAAUGAGGGAGAAAGGGUUUCGGAGGAGCGCAGAUCAAUGUAAAUGUAAAUGGAAGAACUUGGUGAACCGUUACAAGGGGAAGGAGACAUCUGAGCCAGAUUAUGAGUUCUCGCAGGGAAAAGACCUCUUUGAUCCUGAGAAUGGGAGGCCAUGCCCUUUCUUUGACGAACUUGAUGCAGUAUUCAAGGAGCGUGCCAGGAACUCAGAAAGAAAUCUACAGGAAUCUGAGCCAGGGUCUCGAGCCAAGAAGAAAGGCAAGAGGGGUAAAGUCAAAAGUGAGGAUGAUGAUGAUAGUGAGGAUGAAGACGAUGAGGAGGAAAGUGAAGAAGACCGUGUCGUACAGAGGAAGAAAAGGAAGGGCGAGAAGGACACCAAUCGGCCUAGGGUAACAGCGGAGAAGUAUCGUGCCAACAGCAUGCAGGAAGUGUUGGAGGAAUUUUUCCAGCAGCAGCAGAAGGUGGAGGAGCAGUGGAGAGAGUCGGUGGAGAGGAGAGAACAGGAGCGGCGGUGGCGGGAGCAGGAGUGGAGAGAUGCCAUGGAGAAGCUGGAACAGGAGCGAAUCGCAAGAGAGCAAAUGUGGCGAGAGCAUGAGGAGCAAAGGAGGAUUCGUGGUGAGGCCCGUGCACUGAAGAGAGACGAACUC